GGGGCCCAGCAAAAAGGUUUGGGAACCACUGCUGUAAACGGUGAUGGGGAUGACGAAGCACGGAACUAGUUUGAGGCGGCAAUAGCGCCCUCUGCUGGAAACCUCUUGAUAUAUAAAACCAAUUUUGUCAGCACAUCCACGAAGGAACUAAAAAAAAGAUGUUUGUGUUUUGCCUCUUUUUAUUUUCUUUCCCUUUGUUUUAAGGGAAACCGUGAAACUAUAAAAUGUAAAUAUAAUCAAUUAUCAGAAUAUUAUUUAUGUUAAUCAAUAAAACGCAGGAGAUCGACGUGGUGGGGCUGAGUGUUCAAACUUAUUUGAUACUUUAAACAUGACAUAUUUAGCCGAAUUAAUUCGCGGGGUUCAAACAGCGGGGUUAAAGCUCCAAAACCCUCCACGGAAAAACACAGCAGGUGUUCCUGAUUGGAGACCGGCAGGUGAAGUAACGACGGAGCGGAGAAGGACGUCUCGUUUGACUGCAAAUAUAACGCCAGCGUGUCCUGCAUAUACCCACAAAUCGUUACUGCAAUGAGCUUAACCGGCUUGAAGCUUCCCGUGGCUCUGCUGCUUUUCCUCGGGUUCACGUUGGACGGGGUUGAGGGAACCUGCAGUGUGGAGCAUUGCACCGACCCCACAAGAUGCGUCCUGUCUAAAGACCAGAGGAGCUGCAAAUGUGCUCUCGGCUUUUAUGCUGACAAGUGUGACCGAAAUGCACAUCUCAAGGUUAUGUGUGGGAAAGACCACAUAGCAAUCAGAGCAGCGGAAGCUUUUUUCGAGUAUCACGGCGUGCCGCUGGAAUCGCUUCACUUGCCAAACAAAUCUUGUGGUGCUAAGAGAGAGCAUAUCGACGGCGUCCCCUACUACGUGUUCAGGGUUUCCAAACACAAAUACGUGACCUGUGGAGGACUGCCGUUUGAGAAAAAUGUAACUCACAUCUGGUUUUCCCUGAGUGUGAGGUCAGACCCUCGGGUUACUGGAAACAUCAUUAGAGAUCCAGUUAUCAGGAUGGAUUUCACGUGCAUGUAUCCAUUCAUCAGAAGAGUCAGUCUGCCUUUUUCAGUUUCACCAAUCUCCAGCGAGACGGUGAUGCGAGUAGACGAACUUGAAGCCAAGAUACGGAUGAUGUUGUACACAGACCACACUUACACUAAACCUUACACAAGCUCUCCAACCAUUGAGCUCCGAGACAAGGUAUAUGUCGAGGUUACAAUGAUGGAGCCUGCAGAUUUAUUUCUGCUCCGAGUAAACGAGUGCUGGGCCACACAGUAUCCCCAGCCAAACUCUACAGAGGGAUCUGUUCACUUCCUGCUUCAGAAUGGGUGUGUGAAGGACCAAACGGUUUCCUUCCUUAAUAUAACCGAGGGACAGUCUGGACGUAAUGGGCAGAAGUCCACCGUCCGCUACAGCUUCGACAUGUUUCGCUUCUCAGCAGAUCCGCACGACCUCUACCUGCACUGCACCGUACAGCUGUGUGACCUGGACGACCACGAGUCCUGCAUUCCCAAUUGUAACUCGAUCAGUAAGAGAGAAGCAGUGAGUGCCGACCCCGCUCAGGGUCUCCUCACCUAUGGCCCCAUCAGGAUCGACGUACCAGACAGAUCUCAGUCCAGCGUACUGUUGGCGGUGGUGCUGCCCGUAGCAGCUGUGUGGACUCUCGGCUUCUUCCUCGUCAUCCUCAUCACUGUGGCCAAGGCUGGCAGAAAGAGGCUAGCGAAAAUAGAGCAGUGAUGACAAUGCUGCUGGCAGCACAAAUAAAACAUUAAAAUGUG